AUGGCGCAACAGCAGCAGCUCAUCCUGGCCGAGUUCAUAGAGAAGGUGAAGCGCGAAAACUACCGCAAAGAUGACCCGUACUUCUUAGAUGACGACGAACCGAUCACAACCAACAGAGGAAAUAAGCUGAACCGUAACGCGAAGAACGUGCGACGCGGCCGGCUCAAUAGCAACACGCUCUUCCAAAAGCGGAUUGAACACGCGGGCUACAAACGCGAUGUCAUCUCUAUCAACCCUCAGUACUACACGCCAGAGGGAGAAAUUGUCGAGGACGAGGAAGACAUUGAUGAAGAGGAUGAGCCACUCGACGAGAACAUCUACCGGGACAUAAAGCUAGAGGAUCUUCUCGCUCCGCUCGCUGCGGCUGCGGAUCUUCCGUCGCACCCUUCGCUGUCACAACCGUAUAAGGAACGUGGACUGGAAGAAAUGAUAAGAAAUGCGGAGGAACAGCUUCACAAACAACAGGACAUACUGUACACUAUUAAGAACAUUUACACUGGCUUCCGAGGUGACGUGGCAUGGGCACCCAUGGGUAUGUUUCGAGACUCUGAGGGCGACAAGCUUCUUGCUUCCAUAGGGCGUGACGACACGUUGGUGGUAGGUUCAGCCCUUUCGCAGGACCCAGCGACAAACGGCGACUCAAUCUCCAGCUUUCAACGAAACCCAGAUGCUGGAGGCAUGGAUGAAGGCGAAAAAUCAGACGGUCCCACAGUUGAGGGAGUGCGACAGGAACAGCCUUCUGCAGGCACCGACGGCGUCGUCCAGGACGAAGCAAUUGAGAGCAUUGAACGGACAGACCAUGCGGACACACCCUUGCGGCACAAUGGAGAGUUGCACGGCGCAGACAACUCCCUAGCAAACGGCGCGACGUCAGGACACGGCUCUCUCAAUGGUGCGGCAGCACGUCAGUCGGAAGCUGGUCUAGCGGAGGACGGCAGCAUAGAGGAUGGAGCGUCUUCAGCACCGUCGCGCCGCAUGACCACGAGGCGACAGGCAAAUCAAACCACGCGCACGCCGUCACCUGUUCGGUCUAUCUCGCCCGUGUCAUACAUUCCACCAGUCGACCCGUUCUUCAGCUUCCCUACCGAAGCCAUCCCUGACCCACGCAUGGGUCUGCCCCAGACCAUGGCAGACGAGACGACUCUUGCCUUGACAACGUACAUCUCCAAACAAGAGGAGAUCGUGCGGCAACUACAGGAGCUACACGGGGGCUUAUUGCGGGCGCUGAAGAUGAGGCAGGAUGUGUGGAAAUGGACACGAGCCGAGGGGCACGUGGGUGAGAUGAGUGACAACGAGGACUGGGUUGAUCUAGAAGAAUGGGGUAUUGAUCCCCGUGAUACACGCAUCAAGUACACCAAAGGGCAACAGGAGGACGAAGGCGUGGAUGAGGAAGAAGAAAGGCGAGGUAAGCGGGUCAGACGGGCUGGCAGGACGAAGGAUUGA